CGUAUCAAUUGAAUGUAAAUUGUGAUGUGUGCCGUGUGGUAAAUAAUUGUAAAAUGUAUCAAGAGAAAGUCGAUAUUUGAUAAUCGUAAGAAAAAAAUGUUUGAAAUAUUGUAGGGAAACCGAAAAGUAGGUAGUUAAUGAGUAGUGAAAUUAUUUAGUUUCUUAGCGAGGUAUCGUGAAAAUGGUGAUUACUAAAAGUAUUCGGGAAAAGGCUACUGUACAGUUUAUAUUGUGUUCAAUUACAUUUUGUUUACUAAUAAACAAAAAAUGUUAUGUAUUGGGACAAGUACAACCGAUGCCAGUGGAACAUGAUCAGCCCCCACAGCCUCAACCUACGGCACCUUGGUACGAGACAUUGCCGGCAGUUGCGAUGGAUUACAAAGUGAUCAUCGAUCCUGGUAAAGAAGACUGUUACUUUCAGUUUGUCAACCCCGGUGCAACGUUUUACGCCAGUGCUCAAGUAUUAAGAGGAGGUGACGGAAUGGCUGGUUUUGCAGUCAGGCAUCCUAAUGGUCAAAUAGUACAUCCGUAUCAAUGGAAAGCAAGUUCAGAUUACCAAGAUCAAACUUCCACUGGAGGUUAUUACAGCGUGUGUAUAGAUAACCAAUUUUCCAAGUUUGCAUCUAAACUUGUCAAUUUGUAUAUCACUGUCAUAAGGUAUGAUAAAUGGGAUGAAUAUCAUAAAGAAAUAGAAGACUUGAAUGUUAGCGUGGAGAACUUUACAACUACUGUGAAAACAGUCGAAGCUAAUAUAAAUAGUAUGUUACAACAUCAGUAUCAUGUCCGUAGUCAAGAAAGUCGUGAUUAUAAUCUUUUGGUUGACAACAAUAAGUAUGUUAGCGGAUGGUCCAUGGUACAAAUUGUGUUGAUUAUGGGAACGACUACAUUACAAGUAUACUUUGUGCGUAAAUUGUUUCAGACUAGUGCUGGAAAAUCUAAAACGCGAGCUUAGAAUAAUUUUUUACUCAAAUAUGUGUUUUUCUUUAUGUGAAUAUUGUUCUUUUGGCAUUUCUUAUCUGUGUAUUACUGUAUUUUAUGAGGAUUUUUUUUUUAUAUACAAUAAAUAUAUUCAAUUUGUGAUAGUAGUAGAAAAAUAUACAACCAAAAAUCUAUUGGACGUUUCUCUAUCUGGAUUUUUACGUAAAUACACAAAAAUGUAUCAUUCCAAUUUUUAGAAUAAGUCUUUAAUAAAUAGUCCACUUGUUUUCAGUGUAUAAUAUCUAGCCUUAAGUAAGUUAUGUUCUAAAAAUAAAAUUUAUGUGUAAUUCUGUUAUAAUUUUAAUGAAAUUAUCUUUGUGUUUUUUUGUAUGCAAGUAUAAAUGAUGAAGGUUUGAUGUUUUUGUAUAGCAACUGUUGGACGUUGUUUUAAAUUUCAUACUAAUGCAAUAAUAUAAAAAUUUAUUGUUGUGAAACAUAUAUU